CUGUUCGUAGUUUUCAAGUCAAAAAGUAAAGUCAGUAGUGCUCAUUCCAAGCGCUUGCCCUCUAGACGUACUGGUUCAAAUAUAUUCUCGGCAAUUAUGUCAUUGGUCCAUUGCAAGAAUUGAGCAACGAAGCCCAUCAUCCUCCAGUCAUUACAAGUCGAAGCUGAAGGACUGCUUUUGGCUUGCGGUCCUCUUCAUCCAUCUUCACAGACGAGCUAGCAGCCAAGAAAUCUCAGUUCCUCUUGCAUCCUUACGUUGAAGCCACUCCUGGACUUGCUAUGGCUUGUGUUGCCCUUCAUCCAUCUUGCACACAAGUUAGAAGUGAAGCCUAGAAAUCUCAGUUCCUCCACUCCUGGACUGGUUUUGGCCUGUAUUGCCCUGUAUUGCCCUUCAUCCAUCAUGCACACAAGUCAAAAGUGAAGCCAAGAAAUCUCAAUUCCUCUUGCAUUACAGUGAAGCCAUUCCUAGAUUGCUUUUGGUUUACAUUGCCCUUCAUCCAUCUCGUACACAAGUCAGAAGUGAAGCUAAGGCAUCUCAGUUCCGCUUGCAUCACGUUGAAGCCACUCCUGUUUCCUUUGCACAGAUUUGUUUAAGCAAAGAAAAGGAAUUUCUAGACAACAAAGAACAAAUUAUGGCAGAAUUUGCUACCUCUGUUGCAUCGAAUCUUAUGUCGAAACUAGGUGAGUAUUUGUUUGCUCCCAUUGGACGCCAAUUUGAAUAUGUGUUGUGCUACAAGAGCUCCGUCCAAGAUCUCAAAAAUGGAGUCGAGAAGCUGGAGAAUGCGAGGAAAAGGGUGCAGAGCUCCGUCGAUGAAGCCAUGUAUGAUGGAAAACCUAUACACGAUGAUAUUAAGAAGUGGUUAGAUAGAGUGGAGAAUAAGACUAAUGAAGCACAAAAUUUGUUAAAACAAGGUGAAAGUGCAAAAAAUGCUUGCUUCCAUGGGUGGCUUCCCAACCCCAUGGUGCGCCAUCCCAAUUGGCAAGAAGGUGAAGAAGAUGACUCAAGUCAUUCAGGGACUUCAUGAUGAAACUGCAAAUAAUAACUUCCGGAAGGUCUACUAUGAGAGUACUCCGACAGGAAUUGUCACUACUCCCACUUCCGCCUCCAAGAUCUGUUGACAAGGAAGAAGAUGUCUUGGAGUCAAGGGCUAAAAUCAUGGAGGAAGUAAUGAAGGCUAUAGCUGAUGACAAGCUCCGUGUGAUUGGGGUGUAUGGGCCAGGUGGGGUUGGCAAGUCCAAGCUUUGGAGGACGUUGAAAGGCGAUUCAAGAAAGAAAAACUGUUUGAUGUGGUUGUCAUGGCAAAUGUAUCACGCAAUCCAGACCUAAAAAUAAUCCAAGGAGAAAUUGCUGAUGCACUUGGCCUAAAGCUAAUGAAUGUGGAAACUGCUCGAGGGAGAGCAGAUCGUUUGCGUGAAAGGUUAGAGUGUGAUCGGGAGAAAAACAUUCUCAUCAUUUUAGAUAAUUUGUGGAAGAAGCUAGAGUUAAAGGAUGUUGGAAUCCCUUGCAGCGAUGAUAAUAAAAUAAGAGGCUGCAAGUUAUUACUAUCUUCUAGACACCGAGAUGUUUUGCGUAUUGACAUGGGCAUUGACCAAGAAUUUCGACUCAAUGAGUUAAAUCAUGGGGAAGCACGAAGACUUUUUGAAAGGAUAGUGGAGGACAGAGUUAACGAUCUUGAUUUUAAACCGUUGGUGGAUGGAGUGAUCAAGAAUUGUGGUGGCUUGCCUCUUUUGAUUCUAUCGGUGGCAAAAAGGUUGAAGCAUGGAGAUUUGGCUGAAUGGAGGAAUGCUUGGACCAAUAUAGAAUUGUCGGAUGCAAAAUCAAUAGUGGAACUAAAUUACAAUGACUUAAAAGAUGAAAGGAUCAGAUCAUUGUUCUUGGUUUCUGCUCUAGACUCAGGAAAAAUUCUCAUGAGGUGUACCCUUGCAUACUGCAUGGGUUUGGGUUUAUAUAAAAAAUUCAAGACCAUCGAAGAUGCCAGAGAUAGGUUGAUUAUGGAUCUACAUAGCCUACAGGACUCUUCUUUGUUACUAGAUAGUGAUGACAUGGAAAGUUCAAAAUGCAUGACAUAUUUGUUGACGUGGCUAUCUCUAUUGCUUCCACUCAAUGGAACGCCUUGGUUGGGAGGGAGGAUUAUGGGUUUAAAGAAUGGUCAAAGGAUGAGCUCAGAAAAUGCACCGCCAUGUCCUUCCCUUUUGUAGGCAUUGAUGAGCUUCCUAAAAAUUGGACUGCCCAAACUUGAGGAUGCUUCUAUUAUCCGAAAACAACCCGUCUCUCAAAAUUCCUGCGUCAUUUUUUGAAUCUAUGAAGAAGCUCCAAGUCUUGGACUUUACUAGCUUAUCUUUCACCUCUCUACCUUCAUCUAUUGAGUACCUUGAAGACCUCAAGUCACUAUGUCUAGAUUACUGCCAUCUCUAGAGGAUGUGACUAUUCUUGGAAAGCUGAAAGGAUUGCAGUUCCUAAGUUUCUAUAGAUCUGCAAUUACUCGGCUGCCCAAAGAAAUAGGUGAACUAAUAGAAUUGAGAUUUUUGGACUUGACAGGGUGCACUAAGCUCAAAAUUAUCGAACCUAGAGUGCUUGGAAGAUUGGUUAAUUUAGAAGAGCUGUAUAUGGAAUACAGUUUUGAUCGGUGGGAGGCUGAGGAUGAAGUAAUGCAAAGCAACGCGAGCCUGGCUGAGUUGAAGAACAUGAAAAAGUUGAGCACUUUAUACAUUGCCAUCCCUCAUUCUGCCUAUCUCCCAAGAGAUCUGCCAUUUCAUAAACUAAACAAGCAUAAAAUCCAAAUCGGGGGCGUUUGGGAUUGGUCGGGUAAAAACACAGAAUCUAAAAUUUUAAAGCUCAAGCUGCAUUCAAGCAAUCUUCUUCUUGAAGAGUGGGUGUCAAAAUGUUUACAGAAAACGCAAGAUCUCCACUUGGAUGGAUUGCAAGAUGGCAUCGAUAGCAUUCACGAUUUGUGCGUCGAAGGAUUUGAGGCAUUGAAGCAUCUUCACGUACAAAAUAGCCCCUCAUUUCAGUAUGUUGUUCACUGUACAGAGAAUGUGCAGUGCACUGCAUUUACGAGAUUGGAAUCUCUGUUUCUCGAGAAUCUGAACAACUUGGAAAAGAUUUGUCGCGGCUGUCUUGCCCUAGAAUCCUUCAGCAAAUUAAAGAUUGUGAAAGUGGACAACUGUGGUGUAAUCAAACAUUUGUUUCCUUUGUCCAUGACGAGAAUAUUAUUGCAGCUCGAAGAGAUUAAAAUAAGCAGAUGCCACUUGAUGCAGCAAAUUGUCGCAGAUGCCGAGGCAGAUGAAGAGGGAGAUGAAAUAGAUGAUGUUCCCCAAGUGAAGUCAUGCAAUUUGCGUAGGCUGACAUUACAAAACUUGCCAAAGAUGACGAAUUUCUGUAAAACUGCAGACCAUUCGGUUGAUUUCUUUGACGGGCAACAGAUAACAAAGCUACAGAGUUUGGAAGCCAUAACCAUUGAAAGAUGUCAGUUAAUACGAGAAGUAUUUGACCUUGAAGGAUUGACAGCCAAUGGGGAAGUUGAGAUUUUGUCGCAAUUGAGAGAAUUAAUCUUAAGUGACUUACCAAGUUUGGGAUGGAUAUGGAACAAAAAUCCACGAAAAAUGUUGUGUUUUCAAAAUUUAAGGGCACUAAAGGUGCAAAACUGUGAUAACUUGAGGUUUCUUUUUUCUUCUUCCAUGGCUAAAGCACUCGGGCAAAUAAAAGAAAUAGAAAUAGUGAAUUGUAAAUUGAUGGAGGAAAUUAUUGAUGUGCAAGAAGAAGAAUUGGAGGAAGCUACAACCACCGACGCUUUAGAGUUUCCUCUGUUAACCUCCUUGUCUCUUGAAGAAUUGCCAAAUCUCAUGACAUUCUCUUAUGGAAUGUGGUGUAUUCGUUGUCCAUCCCUAGCAAGAUUGACAAUAUCUCGGUGCGCCAAAAUGAUGACAUUCUCUUCAUUCGAAGGAAGGCAACAGUCAAUGGCAACAGAUACUAGUUUACAACAAGCAUUUGGUUGUAUCCACACUGUCUCAUCCUUGCCUAGCUUCUUCAAUGAAAAGGUUCAUUUUCCAAGCCUGGAGGAAUUGAAGUUUUCAUCCAUGUGCCAAUUAAAGAGGAUAUGGCACAAUGAAAUCCCUGGACAGUCCUUCUGCAAACUUGCAUCCUUCACUGUUGAACUUUGUGAAAAUUUGUCACAUGUUUUUCCAUCAAAUUCAAUGGAUAUGUUGCAGAGCUUGAGUAAAAUUGAGGUGGUCGGGUGUCCCUCCUUGGAAUCAUUAUUUGAACCGGUAAGUCUCAGCUCUGAGAAAAGGCAAAAUCCAUUGGUCCACUCUCCAUUAAAAAAAAUGAAGUUGUUGAAUCUACCAAGGCUGACAGACAUUUUGAAGAGUGACUGCAAAGUAACCUUGACAUUUCCUAGUCUGAUGGAAGUGAACGUGAGGCGUUGUCAUAGUUUGUCAUAUCUCUUCUCAAGUGCCACGGCCAAAACUCUUCAUGAACUUGUGGUGCUUGAUGUUUCCUGUUGCAAUAAUUUGCGAGGCAUAAUUGCGAUGAAAGAAGGAAAAGGGAAAACCGUAGAGACAUUCAAAUUCCGUCAUUUAACCAAACUCAAGCUUGAUGACCUUAAGAGUUUGAUUUGCUUUAGUUCAGAGAGUUGUGCUAGUGAUGGGUUAUAUCCCCUAUUUGAUGAGAAGCUUGCAUUUCCAAAGUUAGAAGAGCUACACGUCGAGGGAGUUCAACAUAAAGAUAUAUGGAAUGAUAAAAUCCUUGUGGAAUCCUUUCACCGUCUAAAGGUCCUCAAGGUGAAGCAGUGUCACAACCUAAUGAAUGUGAUUCCUUCAUUCAUGUGGAGGAGGCUACUUCAUUGUGUGGAGUCUUUGACUGUUGAGAAGUGCCCACGUCUAAGAAACCUUUUUACAAUGUCUAUGGCAAAAAGUCUAGGACAACUCCAAUAUCUGGGUCUCGGUAGUUGUGGAGAGAUAGAGUACAUUGUUGCCAAGGAAGAGGAGAAACUUGAAGAAGCAACCGACAAAAUUAUAAUUCCUCAACUUGUCACUCUGUAUCUUCACAACAUGCCAAAACUUAGAAGUUUCUACGAAGGGAAGCAUAUUUCAGAGUGGCCCUCCUUGAAAGACUUUACUGUUGAAGAUUGCAAAGCUGUGAAGGUGAUUCUCGGAGAUGUCAGUUGUAGAAAAUUGGAGGGUAGCAUUCCAACACAUCAACCACUUUUACUCGUUGAAAAGGUUGAGUUUCCUGCUUUGGAGUCGAUGAAGAUCUUGCACAUGGAGAACAUGGAGAAGAUAUGGCUUGAUGAUCUUGGUUCAAAUGCCUUUGGCAAACUCAAAACACUAGUAGUGGAGCAUUGUGAGAAACUUUUAUCCAUAUUUUCAUCUUAUAAUAUGCUCACAAGAUUUCAAAACCUAGAGAAGAUAACUGUGACCGAUUGUGGAUCCUUAGAAGUAGCAUUUCAAGUCCAAGAGUUUGAAUUUAGCGAAGCUUGUUCUACAAAUUCUUUUCAAUUGGGAGAAAUAGUUUUGACGCAGCUCCCGAAAAUGAAACAUGUGUGGAAUGGACUUCCUCAAGGAGGUCUUACCUUUGGAUGCUUACAACGCAUGGAGGUUGUCAAGUGUGAGAGUCUCAAAAGCUUAUUUCCAACCUCGGUGGCAAAAAAUAUGACACAAUUCAAAGAACUUUUAGUGAGGGAUUGUGGGGUGGAGGAAAUUAUCGCGGAGAAAGACAGAGUAGGGAUGAGUGCAAGUGAUCUCUUCUUUCCGCAAUUAACCGACCUAAGAUUACUUGAGUUGCCGAAACUAGGGAGCUUCUACCGGAAUAGUCAUACUUCAGCAUGGCCACUCUUAAAGAAAUUGCGAGUAAGGCACUGCAGCAAGAUGAGGUCAUUCUUAUUUGCUUGUGAAUUUCAAGGCUGCCAAGGUACAACUACCAGCAAGAACCAAUCCGCACUCUUUUCUUUUGAAAAGGUCAUUUCUCACUUGGAGGGAUUGACAUUGAUGAUGGAGGAUGUUAUGAUGAUGAUGCCACAGCAUUACGUCUUCCACAAUCUCAAAGAGCUGGCUUUGGCAUGCUACCAUGAUGAAAAUGUCGCUUUUCUUUCCAACUUCCUUCUCCACAGAUUCCCCAAUCUAGAAGAGCUUGAUGUGAUAUGUAGUUCCUUCGAGGAGAUAUUUCCAGAAGAUUCAUCUAGGACAUGGGGGAGCGACUCCAUGUGGAGAACUAACUGACAUGGAAAAACCUCU